AUGUUCAAGUGGUAUUUUCCAGUUAUAAUACCACUGGAAUAUACCACUCGUGUUUGGUUACUCUCAAUCACAUUUGCAGAAAAAUCAGUUUUAAUUAAUGUGACUGCCGAGUUUCCAGAUCCUGAUAACAUAGAAAAUAAAGAUGACGUGGAGCCCGGCAAUCUUUUAGUUCCUAUUAACAAUAUCUUUGAGAAUUAUAAAUCAAAUAUAACUGAUAAUAAAAUUACUAAAACAAAACUGCUUGACUUUGAUGUUGGUAGUCUAAAAAAUGAAAAACCAAAUGCUUCUGAAAUUGAGGAAGCAGUUUGUAGGGGUCUAGAAAAGAUCCCAUCUCAAUUUCCAAAAGAUGUGAACGGACAUUCAUUUUCUGUUUGUAUACUACAUACAAGUAUGAAAAAUGGAGAAUAUGUUCCCCGUGAUUGGCUUGUUUGGAGCAAAGUUAAACAAUCGAUAUUUUGUUUUCCUUGUCGCCUUUUUAGCAAACUACCAACAGCAAGUCGCUCACGUUUAACAACUAUAUCUGGGUAUUGUUUUCAAAGAAAAUGGAAAAAAUUACAUGACAAAAUUUCAGAGCAUCAAAACAGCAGCAACCAUAAAUAUUGUUAUAUUAAAUGGUGGUUAUUGGAAAAAAGUAUUGACUCUAAUUCCACUGUCGAUAUUAUGUUGCUGCAGGCCAUUAAGAAUCAAGCAUCACAGUGGGGACAGGUUCUUCGCCGAAUUUUAGAUGUCACAUUGUUUCUAGCCGAACGAGGUUUGGGAUUUAGAGGAACAAGUGAUUUUGUUGGAGUUGCAGCAAAUGGCAAUUUUUUGGGCAUUUAUUUGAACUAUCUGAACAAAGUGAUGAAGUCGCAGAAAAUGAAGAGAAGACAACAAGCAAAUUACCUUUCACCGGAAAUACAAAAUGAGUUUAUUUGUUGUGCCAAAAAAGUAUUAGACGUUAUUCUAAGUGAACGAGAAGCAGCAAAAUAUUACUCAAUAUUUGUUGAUGCAACCCCUGAUUCAGCACAUAUGGAACAAACUGCAUUUAUAUUGCGUUAUGUUUAUUUAAAUGACGAAAAUAGUCUCUACGAAGUUCAAGAGCGAUUUCUAGAGUUUGUUGACUGCAAUCAGAAAACGGAGAAAGCUAUUGCUGAAUUAAUUUGCAGUGUUAUUAAAAAACACAAUAUACCAAUGAUAGACUGUCGUGGUCAAAGUUAUGACAACGGUAGCAACAUGAGCGGUCAAUAUAAAGGAGCACAAGCAGAGAUAAUUAAAGAGAACCAAUUGGCAAUUUAUUCUCCAUGUGCUUGUCAUAGCUUAAAUCUGUGUGGUGUCCAUGCCGCAGAGUGCUGUGCAGAGGUUAUCUUACUGCCGAGACUCGAUCAGAUAUCAAACGUAUUGAGAAAUACUUGGGUUCAUUUGAAUGCAUUAUACUCGCAAGCACUUGGUUUAAAGUUCUAA